AUGGGCAGAAACAAGAAUGGAUUUUUUGCCAAGCAAUCCGAGCCAGGAUCUGGAAGGUGAGUUCAAUACUUCAUCUAGGUUAAGUAUUCCUCUGAUAAUGAACGAACGAUUUUUCAUACUAAUAACUUAAGUCGAGUUGUUUUGAACAAGAGCCGAUAAAGUUAUAAUGAAUUUAGAGAACGACUUUAUCAGUGCAUGCGAAGCUAUCAACAGCCAGGGCACUGAUACAGUUAUACAUCAAUGCAGGACGGGGAAGCGCUGGUUGUGUUCUGGUUAAUAUAUACAUAUGUUGUGCAUAGUAUAUUUCAUGCGCGUCAGCCUUAAGUUGGAACUAGGUAGCUAAAUUAGUAUAAAAAAGGCAGAAGUUCAAAUUCGUUUAUAACGGCACGUUAGCAAACACGAACAAAGAGUUUUAUCCUUUCCACGAUCGAGGUCAUGCUUUGUGAUGAGUUGAUGGUAUGAGUUGAAGAUUUGCUAUGCGUUCCAAUAGAAUAAUUUUGAUUUAAGUCCUGGCUUGCAUUAUAAUGACGAGGGAUGCAUUAUAAUGACGAGAAAUAAUUAUGCCAAUUUCUGGGGCGAAUAAAUGUCUGUCAAUCUUCAUCAAAAUAUCAAAAUAUCAAAAACUACAUAAUCACCUAAUCUAAGACUAAGUGAACAAAUUGAUAAAAUGUAGAAGCAAUGAAGCAGCAAUAUACCGUUUCAAACUUAAAAUAAACUUCGAUUUGAACAAAUUUUAGCACUAUUUGGGAAUAGAACAGCUUACAAAUACCCGAAACUGCAUUUGAUACGAGACGCGAGAUUGUUUACGAUUGUUACGGUUCAUUAAGAAACCCUUCAAACAUAACCUCCAUAUCGGCCACUGCAAACUGCUUGAUAUUACGCAAUCGUGCAGCUCGAGGCUGCCGAAGAUUUGAGUUUGAGCCAUAAUAAAAAUAUAUAUCAUAUUUUUUGCAAUAUAAAAAUUAGCCCUAGGGCUAGAAUUACAGUGGUUUUUUUUCGAAAACGAUGGAUAAAAUUCAUUGGUUUAUACAAAGCCAGUUGUUUUUCAUUGAAGCAAUAUUCCCAGCCUUAUUACCAUAGCUAGAGACAAUACUAUAAGCACUUGACUAAUUAUAUGGCGCUACAUGCAUAUAUAGUGUUUCCCUAAAACGGUUUGACUGCUAUAAGCCAAUGGUGUACGUUUCAAGCAAUAUUCUCAAGCCUCAUUGCCAUAGAAUACCAUAGAGACGAUAUUAGCACUGGUCUAUGCAGGGCUUUUUAUAAAUAUUCUAAUAAAGUCAAAGAGACCAUGCAGAGCGUGAGAUUCUGGUAUAACAACUUAAAAGAGACGUGACUGCUCGCUUGCAUAGCCAUAUAUAGUGGCUUCUUAUUGUAUACUGAUAGGCAAAACUUCGCUGUUUUUUGGCUAAAGCGAAUUUGAAGAGAGGAUAAAAUUCUUAGAACAAAACACUACGUAACAGAAAACAAAACUCGUCUUCUCAGAGCACGACAGAAAUGCAUAACUGAAAGGAACUGUACAGCGUAAAAUAAAAUACGUACAAUGAAACAAUACCGAAGAGAGUGUAACCUAAUUUGAACUUAUAUUACAGGUGGAUUGAAAGCAAUCCAAGACACCAAAACGGCGGCGGUCAUGUUGCCUUUGUUGGUGUCAAAUUAAUUAAAUGAAAGAUAAUGAGAUUCUUUUGAUGAAAUACCACCAACAUGGCCGCCUUGACGUAAUGUGCAAUCGACGUAUUGUAUAUAAUAUAAACUUUAGCAAAGCCAGCCAUGCAUUCGCCAGUAGGGUAUCGCAAACAAUGAACAUAAAUAGAACAGAAUGUUCUCGUACCGCUUGGUGAUUAUUUUGGUCAACAAAUCAAUAAUCAGACGUUGUAUAAGUAUUGAAAAAUAUAGAUCAGAAUGACUUGGGUGAUUUUAUUACCUUUUUCGAAAAACAAUGUUUAUAAAUUAAGUCGAAAAUUCAGUUGUUUACAACACUAUUUGAACAUUUAAAAACGCAGGAUUUUAACCGAACAAUUUUUGACAAAGGUAAAACGGUAACAACAUAUUUCCAGAUAUUAUAUAUUACAGGUCGAAACCGCUAACGGAGUUUUUGAUUUUACAACUCUAUUUUAACAGCUUUUACACCAAUUUUGCAAUAUAAACAAUUAUUAAACUUGUGCUCUUUAGCAAUGAUUUAAAAGAAAGCAAAUUAACCACUAGUCACGUAUUCACCAAAGCAGUAAAUUAAAAUCUGGCGUUUGAAGUUUACGUUUGGCGCAUAAAUUUCAUACUUGAACUGCUAUGAGGGCUUGUAUAGUCGUUAAAGCAUGAAAUUUAUACGCCAAACGUAAACUUCAAACGCCAUGCAAGUCUUAAUUUACUGCUUUCGCGAAUACACGACCAGAGUUAAUUUGUUUUCUUAAAUCAUUGUUAAAUACCACAAGUUUAAUAAUUAUUUAAUAUAUUUCAAAGCUGGUGUAAUAGCUGUUAUAAUAGAGUUGUAAAAUCAAAAACUUCGUUAGAGGUUUGACGUUUGCCGUAAACGUCAAGCUAAAACUCUCUAUUUAGUCUUUCACAUUUUGCUUUCCUAAAUUCUUGCCGAAGAGGAAGCCAUUUUGGUUUCCGAAAUAACGCAUUGUAUUAAUGGAAUGACGUGAUGGCGUGCAAUAAUCUAUUCUCAUAUUGCACCCGUUGACGUCCAUAGUGCAAUACUUUAACCCGUAUUGCAUCAUUGAUGUUACAACUCGUAUUUGGUCAGCCAUUCAAGAUACCAAAUAUCGAAAAUAGAUUGUUAGAGGCAAAGAUGAUUGCACGUGCAUGCCUUUCGUUUUUGCGUGAUAUUGGCGCUUGGAUGAAGACCCUCAGCGCGGAGACGUUUAUAUGUCGCGCAUUACUAGUCAUUUAAAAUGGGCAAACAGACAAACGCAUCCUCCCAGUGGCUUCUUACAAAUACAAGCAAUUAAGAUAAAAUUUACAGCAUGUAAAAGUACACUGACCGAUUCCUUGCACUCAAUUUCAUCUCCCUUUCAAUUUUUUCUAUUUUAAUCUCGUAGAAAAUCGCACCACCAAGCCACCAGAAGGCCACCAUAUUGGACAGUGCAAGAAUUCGAAGAUGACAAACCAUAUAUGGAACUAUGCUGGGAGGCUGAACAAGAUGCUCGAUUUCUGCUUGGCAUAUCCAACGACCGGACCAGUUUCACAAUGCGAGCUGAACCGGUAAUACCAGCAGGUCAGAGGGCUCGGUCGCCCUUGGGAAGCCCAUUGAAAAAAUCGUACACACAAAACAGGGAAAUUAAAACUGAGUCAAUAUACUCCCAAUUUAAAAACAACCGGACCUCGUUUUUGGACAAUCGUACGUCGUUUCUUCCAUAUCGUUCAGCAAAAAAGGACAUUUUGAGCAAGCCAUCCCGUAGUGAAAAACGAUUGUCCACGGCAAUUUUAAGCAAACCAUCAACUCCCAGGAGAAGCAAAACACCAGCCUCCAGAUGUAAAUCGGAUAGCGAAGCUUACAGUUAUUCUCAAGACUACAACACUGGGACAUUAACACGAGAUGAUGAUAUCGAUCAUCUGGAGGAUCUGAGAUUAUCGUUGUUGAGCUGGACCACAACAACGCACGAGUCUUUCGUAGCGAGUGCUGGUAUUCCAAAUGAACCACGUAGCAGCCCUACGAAACCUCUUCAUAGAUCAGUAAGCGACAUCAGUAUGAAUAGAUAUCGCCAUGAGAGCCCAAGAAAAACUCCAGAAAGACGGCAGGAACUGGGAAAUUCACCCUCAUUUCCUUACAGUGGAAGAAGCUCGAGGCUUGAAGAUAUAGAAGGGACGGACGAUGAAGUUGCCCGUAUAACGGUAUGUACACAGCUAUAUAUGUUAAUUAAUGUUGUCUGAAGGCGGUUGUCAAUGCAUGUAGAAUGUUCGUUUUCUCACAGUUUGUGCAAAUAUCAAGGAAGCGAUUUAGCACUCUCCUGCUUCAUGCCACUGUAUGCAACUGUCUCAGCCAAUAAGAAUUGAGAAACUUUUAUCAUGUACUUUGUAUCUUAUCGACGUUUUCACCAAUAUUCACAUACCCAUAUUUAAAUAUUAAUGCUGGUGGAUUACAAUUAUUAAUUGCACAACAGUUUAAGGUGCAGGAGUCCACUAUUAGUUUGCUUCAGUACAAACAUUACAAGGCAACAAAUGGUGGUACUGGAAAUACGUGCGCAGAAUACAGAAGAAAAGUAUAGGAAUUGAAAAAGUAUAGGAAUUGAAAAAGUAAACAUUUCCCCUUGCUGUCUUAGCUGCAGUAUUACAGUAAUGUAAGUGAUCUCAGUCCUCUAGCCUGCCCAGUGAUGAAGAAUUGCUUUCUGGCAAUUCCCAAAUAGUUUGGAAUAUCUAUCACUGAACCAGGCUUCUAAAGUAGGCAUCAUCAUCUAACCCUGGUCGUAAUUUCGAACUGUUGUUCUGCAUAUGGCACCCUUCAAUUGUGUGCGAAUUUUAUACAUUUAUUUAGACCUGCCCAGGAGGAGCCUGUGUACAGCCGUUACUCUCGACGAAACGCGCGAGACGUCUGUGAGUUGGAUGCAUAAUCCUUGUUCAGGUCACGUGGAUAGUUCCCAGAUUUGGGGACCGGCCUCUGAUUGGACAGUGCUUUAUUUGAAUAAUUUAUGACAAAUGAAGCUAUUUCAUUGGUUAAUUGAUAAUUAGCAUGCGUUUAAAAUAACAACACAAAAAUUUUAAAAUUCCUGAUCAAGAAUCAAGAUUUCCUUCGGGGCAUACAAAGGUUUGAAAGACUUGAAAUACAAUCUUAAAAACGAUACACCAGAAAUAUAUUGCAUAUAUUUCUCGAUGACGAGAUUUGUUUUGAGUGCGAACAAUGCUGAACGAUGAUCAUUGCUGGCAAGUCCGGUGCACAAGCUCAUUUCUUGGCGUACAUAGACUACAUAUAUAUGGCGUAUAUUUGUUUACAAAGACAAAGUAUUAAAUAUAAACACAACUGGUUAUUCAAAAGGUGCGUUUUAAAGUAAUUAAAAGUUAACUGGCCAAGUAAGACGAAGUUAAACACAUUACAUGUAAAGAAAAUGCUUUAUCGCGAGGGGUCGGGAUAUAUAAACAGAUUGUCAAUUUAUUAAAUUGUCAAUUAUAAAUUGUCAAUUCUUGAUCAGGAAUUUUAAAAUUUUUGUGUUGUUAUUUUAAACGCAUGCUAAUUAUCAAUUAACCAAUGAAAUAGCUUCAUUUCUCAUAAAUUAUUCAAAUAAAGCACUGUCCAAUCAGAGGCCGGUCCCCAAAUCUGGGAACUAUCCACGUGAUCUGAACAAGGAUUAUGCAUCCAACUCACAGACGUUCUCUCGCGCGUUUCUUCGAGAGUAACGGCUGUACACAGUUACCCAGGAGCAGCUGUGACAAAAUGCAAUUAUGAGCAGGAAUCGAACCUGUGGCUCUGUGAUUCCAAUUGUAAAAUUCCAGAGUCCAAUUGUCGAGCUCUAACCGCAAGUUCAUGUAUACUUAGUAAGGUGAUCAUGCCAUGGUAAAUAUCCCAAUCGCCUAGAGUUGCAUUUUUUCGCAGCUGCUUCUGGUUAGAUCUAAAUAAAUGUAUAAAAAUCACACUCGAAAUUUCCAUGUACAAAAUUCUUUAGUUCAAUCGAGUGAGAUGUCCAAAAAUUCUGAUACUUAUAGUGAAAACCAUCUAUGUUGAUGAAAAUUUCAACUUAAUUAAUUAAAUUACACUGUUAUUUGCUAGGCCGGUGCAUCGCGUACAUCUUCACCUGCAGGCUUCCAUAGCAGUCAACGAUCUAGAUCCGUUCAAGGUGAUCGAGACAGCCUUUUUGCUGACAGCCCUAGAGAUUCUUACUACGAAGCCCAAAGACUUGCUCACAUGCGGAGAAUGGACAAUGACGGGAAGACAUUCCUAUCCAGAGCAAUGAGAAAUCCAAUGACAAAAUACAACUUUAUGGCCCAGUCGUGAAUAGAUAUUAUGGUAGAGGGUAAGAAAGCUUCGGAUUGAUACUGAUAGGGAUACAACUACCUGAAAAAUACAAGGAGAACUUUGAUUUUUCGAGCGAAGGACCGGGGGUCGGAAAAUUACAUGAGUUUUUAUACUAGCGAUAAAAAAAAUAAACCAAUCAGAUGGAUUUUGUCAAAACAAAGUGUAAACAUAAAAAAUGC